UCAGCUACUCAGAGAUACUCUUGAGAGAGAGAAGUCAUGCACCCUCCCAUCAGAUGCAUGCUAUAUAAGUCCAAGAAAAGAUUGGCUUUACAAGAUUUGUGGAAGAGGCAGUAAACAGACCAAAGCUGCAUCUGCAAAAAAUGAACCAAUCCACACCAGUGAUGUCGAUGAAUAUUCUGGCUUUCUGCCUUCUGAUGUGUCUCUGUUUGGGUUCUGAGGCAUAUCCAGUGAAGCCUACUAGUCCGAAAGAAGGUGCUCCUCCUGAAGAGCUUGCCAAAUACUUCUCUGCAAUAAGACAUUACAUCAACCUCAUUACACGGCAGAGGUAUGGCAAGAGGGACAUCCCAGACAAUGGAUUUUCAGAUAUGUUGAUGAGGGACAAUAUGCCAGGGAACAACUAUAAUGGGUUUGAUGGUUUGCCAUUCUUGUGGUAAAAUGAAGCCCAGUUACUCUCACCACUUGUCACUGCCAUGUGCCUAC